GUGCCUCUCUUGCUUGGGGAAAUGCAGGCAUAUCUUGUGAGCGGAAAAGCUGCACCCCCACCUUCCUCGUCCUCGUCCCUAUCUUCCAUUGAUGCUUUGUGGUUUGAGAGAAGAGGAGGAAGAGGUCUCUUGUGCAACAGGAGAAGAGCUUCGUCCUUGUUCACUACCAGAUCCACUACCAACUCCUCUCAAGAGCAGGACCACUACUCAGUCCUCGGCCUCUCCUCAAAUGCUUCUUCUGCUGAUAUCAAACGUGCAUUUCGCUUUCUCGCUCUCAAGUAUCAUCCUGAUGUUAGCAAGGAGUUCCGAGCUGGUGAUGUGUUCAAGAGCAUUCAUCUAGCAUAUGAGGUAUUAUCCAACAAAACAACACGUACAGAAUAUGACAAAAAAAGAGUAAGAAGAAUUCAGGAAGAGAGAAGAAGAAGUACUCGGAGGAAUUGGGAUUCACCGGAGCAGAUCAACCCCUAUGAAAGGGUGCACGUAUACACAAGGUCGGAGCAACGACGGAGGCGCAAGCAAAGGCAAUGGUUUAGUCAAGUGGAAUUAGAUUACUCUUCCUCUUCAGAUGAAGACGAGGAAGAAACGUCGGCCUCAAGUCAAGAGAGAGGCUCAUUUGUUGAGGUUUUGAGGUUCACAUUCUUCACCCUCCUCAUUGUUCAAACACUUGGGGUUAAGGUUGCACUCAGUUUAAGUGGGGUGAAUGCGAUGCUUGAUAGGCGGCUUGACAGUGGUUAUAAGCUGGGUUAUGUGAUUGCUUGGUUUAUGGGGGGGAGAGGUGGGGUUCUGUUGGCUAUUUGCCUUUCUUUUGCGAGUUGGCUUUGUGGAAAAUGUAGUAGUAGCUUUGUGGCAUUGGUGGUGGUGGCGAUGUGGGUUGGGGUCGAUCUUGCAAGGUUUGCACCAUUGCCUAGAGGUGCAAUACUUACAUUGUUGUAUAUGUCAAUUAGGUUGCAGGAUGAUUUAAAGGCUGAAGGUAUUUAAUGAUGAAUGGUAGGUUCGUUUUUAAGUGUUUCUGUAUA